GAGCACCUUUACUCUCUCCUCCGGCAUAUCCCCACGCUCUGGACUCUGGAGUCAACUACACCAGCGCUUGCGGCUUGCUCCUCAAGGGUGCGGGAGAGGACUCGAGGAGGAAGAAGGACACCGUCUCCUCCUCGUGCCUUUAUCCGCUUUCGUGCCGUCUGCAUCCUCCAAGAAGCUAGCUAGCAGCGCGGGCAGCAGCUGGGUACGCAUGUUUUGUGGAUAGGGUAGCUACCCCGCAGUACACAGGGUUGUUAUCUAUCUGGGAGUUGCUUGCAUGGGCGUGGGAGUUUGGGAUCUUGGUUAGCUUAUGCGUGGUGAAGAUACUUUGCUUUAAUUUGGGGUGUGAAGACCUGUAAUUAAGCAUCGUGAGUGUGGUGGUGACGGCGGCGGCGCAGCGAGCAAUGCCACUGGCGGUGGCGCGGCCGUCGUCUGGCGUGUCGCGACGCCAUCGGUCGUGCUGGUAGUGCAGCGGUACCGUCGCCGGCAUGCCGCGCGCGACGUCGCGCAACGAGUCUUGAUCCUGGCGCCCCACAUGCUGUCUUGCUUCCGGCUGCCGCGGCCGAUCGGCGGCGGGGACGUGGACCAGCAGGCCGCGGCGGUGUCCCCACGUCGGGGCCCGUCCCUGCCGUUCGCGGCGUCCCCCUCGACGUCGGGGCGCGGGAGGAGCCCGUGGCCGCCGCCAGAGGCGGACGACAUGGAGAAGAAGCGGUGGGACAGCAUGGAGUCGUGGUCCAUGCUGCUGGACACGGUGCUGUGCGAAGGGUCGUCCCGGCCGGACAGCAGCGGGCGGCGGGAGGAAUGGAUGGCCGACCUGUCGCAGCUCUUCAUCGGCAACAAGUUCGCGGCGGGCGCCAACAGCCGCAUCUACCGCGGCAUCUACAAGCAGCGCGCCGUGGCCGUGAAGAUGGUGCGCAUCCCGGAGCGCGACGAGGCCCAGCGCGCCGUGCUGGAGGAGCAGUUCAACUCCGAGGUGGCCUUCCUCUCCCGCCUCUACCACCCCAACAUCGUGCAGUUCAUCGCGGCGUGCAAGAAGCCGCCGGUGUACUGCAUCAUCACGGAGUACAUGUCCCAGGGGACGCUGCGGAUGUACCUGAACAAGAAGGACCCUCACUCGCUGUCGCCGGAGACGAUCCUGAAGCUGGCGCUGGACAUCUCGCGGGGCAUGGAGUACCUGCACGCGCAGGGCGUGAUCCACCGGGACCUCAAGUCCCAGAACCUGCUGCUCAACGACGAGAUGCGCGUCAAGGUGGCCGACUUCGGCACCUCCUGCCUGGAGACCAAGUGCCAGGCCACCAAGGGCAACAAGGGCACCUACCGCUGGAUGGCGCCGGAGAUGACCAAGGAGAAGCCCUACACCCGCAAGGUGGACGUGUACAGCUUCGGCAUCGUGCUCUGGGAGCUCACCACCUGCCUGCUCCCGUUCCAGGGGAUGACGCCCGUGCAGGCCGCGUACGCCGCAUCGGAGAAGAACCUGCGCCCGCCGCUGUCGAGCUCGUGCCCGCCGGUGCUCAACAGCCUGAUCAAGAAGUGCUGGUCGGCGAACCCGGCGCGGCGGCCGGAAUUCAGCUACAUUGUGUCGGUGCUGGAGAAGUACGACCACUGCGUGAAGGAGGGGAUGCCGACGAUGAUGGCGCACCAGGAGCUCAGGCUCUGGCGCUCCUUCGCCAAGAUCUUCAGGAUGGGCUGCAUCACCAACAACUUGUCCAGAACGGUGAAUGCGUGAUCCAUCUCCGGCGCCAUCCGUAACUGAACUGUUGCAUUGCAGCUGCUUGUUUCUCUCUGCUCUGCUUGUUUAAUCAAUCACUCCACCAAGAGCCUAGGAACUACUACUAGCAGUAUAUACUACAUCCAUCGAUCUCUCUGUCACAAACAAAUGGCAUAAAAGACGUCCGGCUCCGGCCGGAACCAAUUGUAACUCGCGUCAAAUGUGUAAAUUUUAUCUCCCUUAUGAGCAUUUAAGCCCAAAA